AAAACAUUAUGUAAUUUGACAAAAUAUCUAGUUAGCUAUGGUAUCUAUCCAAGCAUGAUUAAGGCUGCGUUGACCCUUAUCUGAAUAUCUGUAUAGUACAAUGCAACUAUACUGUGUGUAAAUAAUCCCAAUCCAUUACAGCAAGAAAAAGGUAUCCGAAAAUGUCAAGCUCUCACAAAAAGAACGAUGUGUUCAUUAGCUUUAGAGGUGAAGAUACCCGUGAAACCUUCACAAGCCAUCUCUAUGAUGCACUCAAGAAAGAAAAAAUCGAAACAUACAUUGACUACAAACUUCAAAAAGGAGAUCAAGUUUGGUGUGAACUCGUCAAAGCAAUUCAACAUUCAACUGUGUCUAUCGUUGUGUUUUCAGAAAACUAUGCUUCCUCGAAGUGGUGUUUGGAUGAACUUGUUCAAAUACUUGAAUGUAGAAAAAAUAACGGUCAAGUAGUUAUACCAGUGUUUUAUAGAGUAGAUCCAUCACAUAUUCGUCAUCAGAAAGAGAGUUAUGAGAGAGCAUUUGCAAAAUAUGAGAGAGAGAUUAGGAAUGAUGAAUCUCAUGAAGAGAAAGUGUUGGGUUGGAAAGCUGCACUCAGAGAAGCUGCUAAUAUUUCUGGAUGGGAUUCAUCUACUUUCAAGGAUGAUUCUCAUAUCAUCGAGAAUAUUGUGAGAGAUGUUUGCCAGAAGUUGACCCUGAUGUAUCCUAAGGUCUUGAAAGGCAUUCAAAUUGAUGAAAACAGUAAACAUGUUGAUUUAUUAGUGAAAAAAGUUUCAAGAAUUGGAAUAUGGGGUAUGGGUGGCAUAGGAAAGACAACCAUAGCAAGACUCAUGUUUGUGAAAAACAUUGCAAAAUAUGACAGUGUAUGCUUCAUGGAAAAGGUAAAAGAAGAAUCAGAAAAGCUCGGACUAACACAAGUACGUAAUAAUAUUUUCAGUGAGCUACUAAAGAGACAGAUUACUGCAUCUGAUGUUAUUGGAUACACAUUCAUUAAGAGGAGGCUCAGUGGUAGAAAAGUUUUCAUUGUACUUGAUAAUGUGGGUAAUGCUGCACAAUUAGAUUAUUUGUGUGGAGAACUUGAUGAACUUGGACUAAACAGUAGACUCAUUAUCACAACAAGAGAUAGGCACACACUCAGGGGAAGAGUUGAUGCUAUACACGAGGUUAAAAAAUGGAACUUCGAAGAAUCUUUAAAUCUUUUUAUAUUUGAAGCCUUCAAGCAAAGCUGUGCCCAAAAGGGUUACGAGGGUCUUUUGGAAAGGGCUGUUGAAUAUGCAGGAGGUGUUCCAUUAGCUUUGAAAGUUUUAGGUUCUCAUUUUCAUUCUAGAAGUCCUAAAUUUUGGAAAUCUGAAUUGGAUUAUUUGAAGGACAAAAGAGAAUGCAUGGAUGAAAUUCAAAAAGUGCUACAAGUGAGCUAUAGUGGAUUAACAAAGCGUGAGAAGGAAAUUUUUCUAGACAUUGCAUUCUUUUAUGAAGGUGAAAGUAAAAAUUUCGCCACAAAGAUACUAGAUGCAUGUGGUUUCAGCGCUACUAGUGGGAUAGAAAUACUUGAAGAUAAAGCUCUUAUAACUUUUUCAAUUAGUAAUACAAUACAAGUUCAUGACUUACUACAACAAAUGGCUUUUGAUAUAGUUCGUAAUGACCAAGGAAAGCGUAGCCGAUUGAGGGAUAUUGAAGAAGUUCGCGAUGUACUUAAAUAUAAAAAGGGGGCUGAUGUUGUGGAAGGCAUAAUAUUCGAUUUGUCUCAAAAAUCAAAUUUAUAUGUCAAAGCCGACGUAUUUGACAUGAUGGUUGAUUUACGAUUUCUUAGACUAUAUGUACCCUUGGGUAAGAAGAGAUUGGCUACCUUGAAUCAUUCUGAUCAAGGCAUUAAGCAAUUUUCUGAUAAACUUAGAUACCUUGAGUGGAAUGGAUACCCUUUCAAGUGUCUUCCAGAUCAUUUUUGUGCUGAGUUUCUUGUUGAGAUUCGCUUGCCGCAUAGCAAUGUAGAGUAUCUCUGGCACGGGAUACAGGAACUUAUGAAUUUAGAGGCAAUCGACCUAAGUGAGUGCAAACAUUUGACCAACCUCCCUGAUUUGUCUGAGGCGUCAAAACUCAGAUCGUUGUACCUUUCAGGCUGUGAAAGUUUGUGUGAAAUUCAACCUUCUAUUUUUUCUAAGGACACGCUUGUUACUCUAUUGCUUGAUAGGUGCACAAAUCUGCAAAGUCUCGUGAGUGAGAAACAUUUAAAAUCUCUACAAAAGAUCAAUGUCUACGGAUGUUCAAGCCUGAAGGAACUUUUAUUGUCCUCUGAUUCAAUUGAAAGUUUGGAUUUAAGCAAUACAGGAGUUGAAAUAUUGCAAUCUACAAUUAGUGGUAUGAGCAAUCUUCUGUGGCUCAACUUAGAAGGUUUAAAACUCACAAAUCUACCGAAGGAGUUGUCUUGUCUCAGAUUACUUACUGAACUUCGACUUUCUAACUGUGAUAUAGCAACUAAAUCGAACUUAGAAGGCAUAUUUGAUGACAUGGAAUCAUUGAAAAUACUAUAUUUAAAAGAUUGUGGUAACUUGGUUGAACUCCCUACAAACAUCAGUUCUUUAUCCUCAUUGUAUGAGUUAAGACUAGAUGGAAGUAGUUUGGAGACGCUACCUUCAAGCAUCAAGUUUCUUUCCGAGUUAGAGAUUUUAUGCUUAGACAAUUGCAGAAAGCUUCAUUCUCUCCCAGAGCUUCCUCUAGAAAUCAAAGAGUUUCGUGCCGAAAACUGCACUUCACUGGUCACUGUAUCCAGUUUGAAAACAUUUGCAGAAAAGAUGAAAGGAAAGGCGAAAUACAUUUCAUUCAAGAAUGACAUGAUGAUGAAUUUGAAUGGACCUUCAUUCGACCGGAUUGUGGAAGAUGUCAUAUUGACUAUGCAGAGCGUUGCAUUUCACAACAUAUUAGUAAGGCAAUACAGUUUGGAUGCCCACAGCUACAAUUAUAACAGUGCAGUGGUUUGCUUACCAGGAAGCGAAGUUCCAUGCCAGUUCAAAUACCGAACAUCAGACUCCAAAAUAACUAUUGGAUUUCCUGACAUAUAUUACUCCUUGGGAUUCAUUUUCUGGGUGGUUAUUUCUCCAUCCAAUAGAAUGAAGAAUGAGGAUGGUAGUGGUGCUAAAAUUCAAUGUAAAUGUUACAGAGAAGAUGGCAAUAGGGUGGGAAUUGUGAAUAAGUGGUAUAGUGAACCUAUUACAAAUUUAAACAUGGAUCAUGUUUUUGUGUGGUAUGAUCUGUACUAUUCUCACAGCAUACUCGGCUAUGGUAAAAGGAAUGUUUCAUUUGAAUUUUUCCUUACAAAUGAUAUGAAGGAACAUGAUGGCUUCUUCAAUAUAAAAGAAUGUGGUAUUUCCCCAAUCUUAUCAACAGAGUUGCCAAGGCUUUUAAACAAAAUAAAUUUGAGUGCGGACAUGAAAUCAGAUUUGUAUAAUGCAGUGAAACUCCAGUCAAAGUGAAUUGGAACAUAUAAUGAGAAGAGUGUGGUCUCUUUACUAUUGUUUGCUAAUUCUUUUUUAUUCUAUUGAGUCAGACACGUUCGUAUGAUAUCCAUCAAUACGUCAGAAGAUAGAUUGUUUCAACUCAACCAAUAUGAAGUAGAAAAGUUGAGAUCUUUCUCUAGUUAAUUAGAGAAACCAACAAACACUUUUUCUUUGACAUAUUCUGAUAUGUUUCUAUUUUCACUUCUUCUUGGUAAGUCUCAGUUUUCUUUUAGAUUUUAUGCCUUCAAUAAACCCUAUAACCAAUAUCGAUGAUUGCACUAGGAUUACUUAGGUCUACUUGUUAAAACAAAACUGUGAAGUAUGUAGGGUUGGUGUCCUAAUCUUUUGAUUUUCACAUUGUCUUCAAAUCUAUUGAGAUCGGCAGGUUUAAAAUUUUAAGAUUGUCUCAUAUGUGUUUGCGCCAACUUAAUAUUUGUAUUAGUCAUCGUAAUUAAUUAAUUAAUUUAUUUGAUGUUGGAAUAUUUGGUUCGAAAGAGACUUAUUACUUAUUGUGCGUUAUCACAUGGAGUUGUUUGUUUGUGAAUCAAUUUAUGUUGGCGGUUGGUUCAUUUUUCGUUAUGAGAAGUGAAGACUCUCACUACUUUUUUUAACUAAUUGGUUUUGCGCUCGUAAGCGGGUUUGAUGGGAAGUCUUUAUGGUAUGUGUGUUUAAUUUAGUUUUUUAAGUAAGCUGGUGAAUCUUGGAUCGAUGGAUAUCAAGAGAGAAGAAAGCAUGAAACUUGACAAGGCUGAUCUUCAGGUGUGAAGCACAACUAAAAUGAUCUAAAAUAUUAACAAUAAACCUGAAUUGAGACUUUUUGAGACAAGCUAGAGGAGAUAUAGAUAAGUUUUUAAGAGCCACUAAGAACAACUUCUAUUAUGAAAAUAGUGGUGAGUGGUGGAAAAAACGGUUUGUUGGUGGUUGGUGCUAUAAAAAACUUGGAUUUCCUAUUGAAUGUUUGUGUUAUUCAAUGUCAAUAUGCCAUUAGGGAGAUUAAUUAUGUGAAUUGUGUUCUUGUUUCUUCUAACGUAGGUUCGAAUAUGGUGAUCAUUGGACUUUUGAAACCAAUAAAUUUCAUCUUGAAAGAGGAUAUGGAUGUACUGUCUCUGCAGCUAAUAUUCAAGUUGAACAUGUUAAAGAGAAUGGACUCUCUCCAAUUAGCUUUGAGCUAUGGAAGAAUAAUAUCUUGAUAUUGCAUUCAAUAGCCAUCAUUAGUAUAUGAUAUAUGAUGUGGAACCAAAUCAUCAGAGUAACUUAAAGUCUUCCAUACAUUGGAAAAAUAAUAUCAGGUGUACAGAAGAAGGAUCAAGGAAGAUCCUUCAAAGAAAAAUGGUACAGUAACUCAAUGACUAGAAUUCAUGAAAGCAAAUCCAGAUCUUAGUAAAAGCAACCGAUAAAAAUGGUGAGGGAUAAAAUAAAACAACUCUCAUUAACAGAAAAACUUAACUACUAAAAUAUAAGCAGCGCAUUUAAGUACAUCAUCAUGAGAGUAUUAUGUUAGAAGAGUUCUUGUGAAAGUGU